AUGGACACGUCAGACGGGUAUGCUGUUUACCAAGACAUGCUUCACACCACCGAUCCCGCCCUAUGGCAGCGUCUCGAAGAUCAAUACCAACUCGCCCACCCCAUGCAGAAUCCCAGCCAAGCCCGCGAAUCGAACUCCAAGACAGCGCGCCGUGUAGGUGGCAAAAUCAGCCGCUUCCUCCUCGCCGCGCCCUCGGACCCCGAUCUCAAAACCCACUCGACAAAACGCAAACCCACGUUCUGGAACACGCCUAGCAUCCCCACACAUCUACUCUCCGCACAGACUGACACCAAAGGCAAAGGCAGAGCAGACACCAACCCCAACACCAUCCCCAUAACUUCGUCCACCCUUCAAAACUCCGCCAGUAGAUAUACCGGCACGACAGCGGUUACUCCCACCCCAAGCACCUCCAGCAAAACUUCCACCCCCAAGUCCAAAACUCGCACACUCCCCUCUUUCAACCCCGCGUUCAACGCCUACGUGCGCCACUCCCCCUCUCUCGUUGCGGAAACGGACUAUUCCUCCUGGCCCGAGGGCGACAGCCAGGGAAAUUGGCGGGAUGUGCGAGUACCGAAGCCGAAGCCGGGGCCGACGAUGAGGGGUGGCGCGGGUAAUGUGUCGAAGAAACAGAGGUGCAAGGAGGAGUGGUUGGGGUCGGCGUUUGGGUGGUAG